AAUUUGAAUGCAGAUCGAAUCCCCUAGUUGGGUUCCUGUCAGCCAUCCUCUGGACCAUGAAGUGGAAUCACCAGCCAGCUUCCUACAACAGCCCUACUCUACCUUCAUACCUCAUACACCUCAUCCUUGCACUUUCUGGUAUUCCUAGCUCAGGCACAUUCACAGUAUCUGGCCCUCUGGUCCAGCCCAUCCGGGCCUGGGUGGGGGAAGAUGUCCAGCUCUCCUGUCACCUCUUCCCUAAGAUGGAUGCUCGGGGAAUGGGUGUGAAGUGGGUCAGAGGCCCACUGGUUGUGCACUUGUACCGCACGGGGAAGGAGGUGCAGGAAGUCCAAGCCCCUGCAUUCCAAGGGAGGACAAAGAUGCUGAGAGAGGACAUGGCUGAGGGGAAGGUGACUGUGAUCAUCCAUCAGGUCCAGCUCUCUGACUCCGGCCAGUACACAUGUUAUUUCCAGGAAGGCUCCUUUUACAAUGAAACCAGCUUUGACCUUCAGGUAUCAGAACUGCAGAAAGGAGCAUUCUCAGUGACUGGCCUUGCUCAGCUCAUUCAGGCCAAGCAAGGAGAAGACGUCACACUCUCCUGUCAACUCUACCCUAAGAUGGAUGCUCAGGACAUGACUGUGAACUGGUUCAGAAACCACACCCUUGUACACAGGUACCCUACUGGGAAGAAGCUGGAGGAAUCCCAGGGCUCUGAGUUCCAGGGGAGGAUGGAGCUGCUGAAACAUGACAUGGCUGAGGGGAAGGUGACCUUGAGGAUCCAGCAGGUCCAGGUCUCUGACUCUGGUCAAUACACUUGUCGUGUCCAGUCACCUGACAAUUAUGAUGAAGCCCACAUUGAACUGCAGGUAGCAGAGAAUCUUCCCACAUCUCAGAAGACACUUGCCAUAUUCCUUGUUGUUGUAUUCUUGGUGGUCAUCAUUGGUUCUGUCUUCGUGAUUUAUUUCUUCUGUCAAACACAACUCCAGAGAGGCAGAGAAGUGGCAUCCAUAGUGUCCAGAUCAAGAAGAUGGUUGGAGUAGCUGUGUGACCCUGGGCAGCUCACUUAUCCCUGCUUGCCUCAGUUCCUCAAAAUGAGUUGGAGAAAGAAAUGGCAACAUUUUUUUCUUAACAUUUUAUUAGUUAUGUCACUUUUUUAAUCUCUUUGAUUUGGCUCUUAUGGGUCCUUUUCCGUUUUUAUUUUCACAUAACUUGAAUGUGUGACCCUGGGCUAGUCACCUACCUCUCAGUGCUUUGCAACAUUAGAUGUAGCAGACAGGGCACAGAACAGCAACGCUAAUGGAAAUUCCUCAUGUAGAAUUCCCCAGACCAAAGAAAUCCUAAAUAUAUUCCCUUAUCCUUUAGAAAAUUAGUUCUAUUUGCUUUCAACAUAUUGUAUUAGUUAAAAAAUAAUUUAUCUUUAAUGGUUCUUAUUUUUUAAUUUACAAAGGCAUUCCAUUUACUUAAUAAAUUUAUUGCUAACCCUUAUAAAACAAUUG